AUGCCCGAUGUUGGGCUGAGGGAUAUCGUUGUCGUCUACAAAGCGAAACGACAGCGCAGCGACCCAUUCUCUCUCAUAACAAACCAUAGGACAGUCGUCCAUGUGUACCCGGCGGCCAAGAUCCCUCCCAGUCCUGGGCAGCCUGCAUCCUGCCCCUUGAGGUUCCCACGGCCUCAUUCGAAUCACCCCACGGCUCCAAAAGCCGAGCAAUAUGUGUCCUGGCUCUUUCAUCAUGUCAACAAGGACUAUAUUCCUGAUCCCGAAGAGUUCGAAAUACACAAGAUACAGUCACUCAAUGUCAAGAACAAGUUUUGCGAACUCAAAGAUGCCAAAGAUGGUACUUUUCAUGACAUCAUUGCGCAAGUUGUCCAAGAAUACUAUGACUAUGGCGACAAAAUUCGGCUCUAUGUUUCAGACUAUACCGAGAACUCAGGCUUCUUCAAUCACAUGAGAACUGGCCAGACCAGCGCGAGGUCCAAGGAUGGCGACCCCUACGGUUACAUAACCACCAAAGACAGCAAAUCGUCAAUCUGGAACGGUCCUUUUGGCAAGAGGACCCUUCAGGUCACUUGCUAUGAGCCGCAUGCAACUGUCAUCAGACACAGAGUCAAGAAUGGUUCAUGGGUCCAUCUACUUAACGUCCAGUUCAAGUACGGUUCAAACGGCUCGAACCUCGAGGGUUACCUCCGCGAAGACCUGAACGCUUUUCGCAACAAGAAAAUCUCUGUCGACGUUCUUGAUGUUACCGAGGACCCCGAGCACAUCUCCCCGAGCUUGAAAAAUGCCAUCAGAAGGAAGAGGGAUUACGAGAAGGAGGAGAAGGCACUGCGCAAAGACCUACAAUCGACACAGACAAACAGCAAGAAGCGGCCGGCGCCGGGCCAACCGGAGGGUAAAUCUCUGAAUUCAAAGCAGAAACGCGCUGCACAAAGGGCCCAUGUCAACGGAAAGGCAAAACAGGACGUGGCUCCCGUAGACGCCGGUCUCAACACGCAGGUCAUUGCCGAACAUCCCGGACAACCGAUAACCCCUGUGUCGGACCUUCUGGAGCCAGUAAAGUAUGAGACGACUCACCAAGGCGCUCCCCUUUCCUUCGACCUUCCCUUUAACUGCGCCAGGUACCGCAUCAACGCCCGCGUAGUCGACUUUUACCCGAACAGGCUUCAGGACUUUGCCCGCGCCUGCAAGCAACGAUCAGAAUACGAAGCGCUCUCCGACUACUCUGGCGAAGAAUCGGAGUCGGAGGAAGAAGAAGAAGAAGAACAAGGCACACUGAAUGGUUUCGCAAGCAAAGGCGAUCAAAGAUGGGAAUGGCGCUUCGCUCUGCAUCUCCAGGGCGUCGCGACUGUGCCUGAGAACUCCAAAAGCAGGAAAGAUGAUAGCUUGUGGGUCGUGGUGACUAAUUUGGACGCGCAGCUUCUGACGGACAUGGAAGCCUGUGACCUCCGCGCGAGCCCCGAGAAGCUGGCGCAGCUGCGGGAGAGGAUGUUCAUCCUCUGGGGAGAUCUCGAGGAGAAGAAGUCCAAGAAACUAGCAGAGCAGCGCAAGAAGCAGAAAGCUAAGGUGGGAAAGAAGAUGACGGGCGACCGGCCACCGGACAGUUCCGAUAACGAGGCACCCAGCGGGCCGUUGAAGAAGGCUGAGACUAUCUCGAACCGGCCUUUCACGUGCUGCAUCCACCAAUAUGGCAUCCAGGUCAAGGAGCCGAAUCCAGGCGAGGCAAAUGCAGGUGAAGGGAGGCGAUGGAAGAGGAUGUUUGGACUUUUCGGGACCAAGAUUUGCUACAACAGAUGA